AUGGAUGGUAAAGUUCCAAAGGCUAUUAUCACAGAUCAAAAUAGAGCAAUAAAAAAUGCGAUUGCUAUUGUUUUUCCAGAUAGCCGACAUAGAUUUUGCUUGUGGCACAUAUUGAAAAAUGUAUCUGAGAAGCUUGGUUCCCAUAGUGCAUACAAUACUGGGUUGAAAAGUCAGUUGCUAAAGUGUGUAUAUGACUCUCAAACUAUUGAAGAGUUUGAGAGUUGUUGGGACGUGUUAAUUACCACGUACAACUUGCAUGAGAAUGCCUGGUUACAAAGUUUAUACAUUGAGCAUAGGUAUUGGGCACCGGUAUUCCUGAAAGAUUUCUUUUGGGCUGGAAUGAGUACUACCCAACAAAGCGAGAGCGUGAAUUCUUUCUUCGACGGGUUUGUCCAUGCUAGGACAAACCUAAAAGAGUUUGUUGAUCAGUUCGACAAUGCUUUGAGGAAGAAGAUUGAGAAUGAGAAUGAGGCGGACUUUCACUCAUUAAACGUCAUAAUUCCCUGCAUUUCUGUUAUGCCAUUUGAAAAGAGAUUUCAAGAGUUGUACACGAACUCUAAAUUUAGAGAAGUUCAACAAGAAAUAAUAGGGAUAAUCAAUUGUUUUCCAGUUCUACAACAAAAUGAUGGUGUAAUUGCAACAUAUCUGGUAGAAGAUGAAGUGCGUGUUGAUUAUUUCAUCAAAGAGGUUACGUACUUUAAUGAGGCCGAGUGCGAAGCAAAAUGUUCCUGUGGAUUGUUUGAGAUGAGAGGGAUAUUGUGUAGACAUAUUCUAGCCAUUUUCAAAAUUAGCCGAGUACGUUCAUUGCCAGAGAAGUACAUAUUGGAUCGAUGGAGGAAGGAUAUAAAAAGGAGAUACACUCUUAUCCGAAGUGGUUAUGAUGUAGCUGAUCAGAGGCCAGAAGCUCGCAGAUAUUCACGUCUAUUAAAUAUAUGUUACGACGUGAUAACAAAUGCAGCGUCAUGCGAUGAGUAUACUGAGGAUAUGGUUGAGAAGUUAUAUGCAAUGAACGAUGUCUAUCGCACUAACAAGCCUCCUCACCGAACGGGUUCCAAUGUUGGAGUGACAACAGUCGAUACAACUAUAACUGGAAGUUCAAAGAAAAUGCAACUUGGGGUAGAUGGAACACAGUUGGAGAGCAUGGAUGAGACACAGCCGGAGUGCUUAUUGUAG